CAGUUUGUAAUAGUCAGUUUGUAAUAGUGUAAAUUGGUAUUUAGCUAAAUAGAAUAAAAUUCUCCUACCCCGCCCCUGUUCUUCUGCUUCUUCCUGGCUAGCGCCCCUCUCUAACCUCUCUCAAACUCGCCAGUCCUAUCGAUUCUCCAGGUUUGGUGGGAACUCCAGUACAAGUUCAAAAGCCGAGCGAGAUGCCGGUCUCUCUUAAGCAGAAUAUGAAUGUUGAGAUCCGUGAGAUGAUCAAUAGGGAUCCAUGGGAUCUCUCUUUUGUGUGUUUCAGGUCAUUGAAACAACCAAUACACUUUUUGGGAAUCAUCUUUGCUCUUGUGGCUUUCAUCUGUGUUCUCGAGUUUUUCGUCAUUCCAUCCCAAGAUCACCUGUCUACUAACCUGAGAUUCUUAGUUUCUGGAGCAUGUCUACUCACCUGGGCUUCUACACUCAGCAGAUCAUUUGCAUUCUACUUUAUAUGUUCCCAUUUAUAUGGUCUGUUCAUGGCUAGCUUUCUUCUUUUCUAUCAGGUAGUGAAGCGACUACCAAAGAAAUUGAGCUCUUCUGCAGUGUUCCUGUACUCAACCCUGAUUGGUCUUACUGUUGUCAGUCUUCCCUACAUACCCGGUUGGUUUGAAGUUAUCCGAGAAACAUAUGCAAUUACACGCAAAUUUAGGAAUGUUGGCGAGCUGGCUAUGGUGAUUAAUAUACGAUUCUUUGAAACACAGUUUGGAUUGAUUGCUAUCAAUUCAGAGCUCCUCUUGGCUUACGAUGGGUCUAUUGACAUAGGCAUAUCUCGUGUCAUGUCUUGGUUCAUUCGGAUUUGGGCUACGGUUUUGAUUAUUCAGAGCUCAGAAGAUACUCGCCUUGCUGUAGGAGCGUUGGUAUGUGUACUUGUUGUCUCACCUUUACUGAGGAUGAUCACCAGAUUAAUUUUCCCAGAUCGCGGGACUCUGAUGGCCAAACUACUAAUCAUGAGGGAUGCAAUUAGAGAUGCUGUAGGACCAUUUGUCUGGUGUUUAAUCAUCGUACAGAUUUACUCUCAUAGAUUAAAGGAGGGAUUUGUAAGAAGCUAUGGAAAAUCGGUACGAAAGAAGAUGAAGAUGAAGAUGAAGAAGAGACUAGAAACAUCUGUUACUGUUGGUGAAAGUCAUACUCUUGUCUCGCAUUUUCCUACUCCCCCUAGGAUCAAAUUCUCCAGUGGCAAGGGGCCAGGACCUGAUGCACGUGUAGUCUACAUAGCUGGUGCGUUUGAUCUUUUCCAUGCUGGCCAUGUUGAGAUUCUCAGGCGUGCUAGAGAGCUUGGCGACUUUCUUCUUGUUGGAAUACAUAAUGACCAGACCGUGAGUGCUAAAAGAGGAGGGCACCCCCCAAUCAUGAGUAUGCAGGAAAGGAGCUUAAGUGUUGGGGCAUGCCGCUAUGUAGAUGAGGUGAUAUUUGGUGCUCCAUGGGAAGUGUCAAAAAAUACGAUCACGAUCUUUGGCAUAUCAUUGGUGGUUCAUGGGACAGUAGCCGAGAGCGACAAUUUUCAAAGGAAGGAAGAGAAUCCGUAUGCAGUACCAAUUAGCAUGGGCAUAUUCCAAAUCCUAGAAAGCCCUCUUGAUAUCACAACUUCCACCAUAAUGGGGAGGAUUGUAGCGAACCAUGAAGCUUAUCAGAAACGUAAUUUGAAAAAGGAAGCUAGUGAUGACGAGCAGAUGGAAAAGGAAGCUAGUGAUGACAAGCAGGCUUUGCGACGGGGGACUGACAGGGCCGGCUCAUUGGGGGGGGGGGACAAGCUGUGCGACCGCCACGGGCCCAAUUAAGCAUGUGUCCCCUAUUUGAAACGCAAGAGAAGUUGAUCAUCGUCGGAACCAUUCACAACAAGCCCAAACCAGACCAUCGAUUAAUUCUCAGAUUUUGAAUGAUGAGAUCUAACAAAAAGAUCUCUUCUUUCUUCGUUAUAAUUAAGGCCCACAUGCUACGUCUUGGUAACGCUUCUCUAGCUUCAGCUUCCCACUCCGGUCAGAUUCAGCGAGGUGGAGCUUGUACUCCCGACGGAUAUCCAGAAGAUGGCCUCGUAUGUUUUCAACAACAACUACUUGAAGAAUGGACUCGCUGACGAGGCUUGUAGUUUCAACAACAACGCUGCUCUCACUUCCAUCAAUCCCAGUCAAGGAACUUGUAGAUACCAUUCAAGUAAGAGAGUGAUCAGCAAUGGUCGAGUUGUGGAUGACAACUUCAAUGGGUGCAGAACAAGCAGAUAUGAGCCGUGGCUGACGGGUUUCCAGCAGAUAUGAGCCGUGGCUGACGGGUUUCCAGCAGCUGUAUCUUGUUGGUCUUUUCACAAACUCAGAACCAAGAAGAGGUCAAUUGUUAACUAGCUUCUUUGUGACUUGCUCAAAGCAUCCCAUUGCACAAAUUUCUUAACAAACAAGGAUUAGAGAGACUUGAAGCAGUAAGCAUGUUUGUUUUCUUGAUAAGGUAGGAGGAAUGAGCCUCUUUCUUACUAACCCGGUUAUUAGCAUAUUCCUAACUUAGUUCCAGUUAGUAAAAUUAUAAUAGUAUGGCAUUGAAAUUGUCGUAUAUGAUGA